AUGAGGUUGAAAGACAGCUUGGUGGUUUUUCUGUUAUUAUCUGUAUCAAAAACUUUAUGCUUUGUUAAUCUGGCACACACACCAGGAAAACAUCUACAGGGAAACGCAUCAUGGAAUGUCAUUGCUCACCAAGACGACUGGGAAGCUGAUAAAGCAGUUGAUGGAAAUACAAAUCAGACAUACCAACCUACUUGUGCUAUUGCUCAAUAUGCUAAUGGCUAUAAAUCAGUAUGGUGGAAAGUUUGGUUACAAAGGAUCUUUAAUGUAGCGUAUCUGGAACUAUAUUUCCGAUUUGGUAUUGCAGACAGGCUAACCGGAUUUUCCAUUUAUGUCUAUAAUGACAUCUCGUUUGUUCCCCCCUCUGGAAACAAAGGAACUUUCGUGUAUCACCAUGACCCCAUGUCAGGUUGUCCAAGAUCUCUUCAGAGCAUAACUGUGAAUAAAGUAGCACAGGGAGUAGCCUUCUUUAACGAUAGACCUGAUGGAUAUCUGUCAAACUGUGGGGAUUUGACAAGGACUUCAAUAGAAAUAUGCGAAGUCAGGGUAAUGGGUAAGAUGCACUUCUUACAUCCUCUAUCAUCUAUAUUAUAUCCUACAGGUUGUGAACAAGAUAGAUAUGGUUCUGGAUGCGGUGGGACAUGCAGUUCUAAGUGUAAGGAUAGGCAUUGUGAUGUUUUUAACGGAUCGUGCAUUUAUGGUUGUUCUGAUCCCAGUGUUGGCUCUCCUAGUUGUAGUGAAUGUGUUGAUGGGUGUUAUGACAAGAAUUGCAGUACAAAAUGUGGAAACUGUCUCCAAGGAAUUUGUCACAAGAAAAAUGGCACCUGUAGGAGUAGUUGCUUACAGAACUGGCGGGAACCUUUGUGUCAGGAAUGUAUUGAUGGACAUUAUGGCAAGAAUUGCAGUGAAAAAUGUGGAAAUUGUCUUCAAGGAAUUUGUGACAAGAAAAAUGGAGUUUGUAAGAAUGGGUGCUUACAGAACUGGCAAGGACCUUUGUGCCAAGUGUGUGAACGUUACAAAUAUGGCCCUAAUUGUGUAUUUAAUUGUGGUCACUGCAAAGGGAGCGAACCCUGCAACACAGGAAAUGGAACAUGCGUAAAUGGUUGUGAACCUGACUGGGAGGGAGCAUUUUGUGUUAAAGGUAGAUAA